GUGUCCGGCGUCUUCUGGCUAACUCCUGCGGCUUGACGCAGCUCACUGAGAAGAUGUUUUGUAGGUGAGAUUUUUAAUACCGACUUGUUUUUUGUCCGGUUUUAACCGGCUGUCCGAUCAGGGCGUGAGGUGUAACUGGGACAUGAAUGUGUAAAGGACCGCGUCGCCGCUUCCGAGUGCCAGGGGUGUCAGGGAUGCGGCGCAUGCUCCUCUGCAAGUUCAUCUCGUCCCUGCCGGCCGUGGAGCAGCAGCAGCCACAGCAUAGUCCUGCUGAGAGAAGCCAUCGAGUGGAAAUGUUGUGCAUCUGCAGGGAGCCCUGGCUCUGGAGCUCCACUGGUCGAGCCGAGAAGGCCUGAGUGGUCUCCACCUCCAGAUUAGAUGGUGACUGGAGGCAAGCGUGCAUGACCAGAUAAACAGAGGCUGCAGAUAAGCAGAAGCUGUGAGUCUGCUCUCCCUUUGGUUGACGUUGUUGCUUUUUUUGGGCCACUCUGCAAGCCAGACUGUAUUUGUGGGAGUAGAUGUACCUAUUAAUAAUAAAUGUAAUGGGCAGCAGCCCCUGAACUGUGAAUGUAGGCUUGGAACUGGGGCGUUUUUUUUUUAAUUCUUCUUACCCCUUAAAAGAGAGGUGACUGGAAAUAAUGGCUGACCACGAGGAAGCAGAGUUGUCCGAGUCCCUUCAGAAGGAGGACGGGUUCUCCAGCGAGCUGGAGGAGCCGGGCACCGACUUCAAAUCUAAAAGUUUGCCUAUUUUGAACGAGGAAGGGCCUCAAGAGGAAACCUUACUGGCUAGUUCUGCAUCCAUUACGGCGGAAGAGAGUGCGGAGUUUAUCCAGCUCCCGGCCAAGACCGAGUCCUUUCAGGCCGAGUCCCCGACCAGAACAAACUACCUGCCCAAGCCGGGGAAGUCGGCGCUGAACAGGCCGAGCUCUUACAUGGAGAACACUGAGAUCCGUAGGAGUAAAAACAUGGCAAGAAGGAAGCCUCCUGGGUUUUCUGCUUCCAGGCUGGCUCGGUUCCGUCUGCCCAGCAGGAAGUACCUGAGCGUCAUCCUGCAGGACUCUCGCUGCUUCCUGUUCUGCAUGUGCUAUCUGACGUUCAUCCAGUCGCUCAUGGUGUCAGGCUACCUCAGCAGCGUUAUCACCACCAUCGAGAAGCGCUACAGCCUGAGGAGCUCAGAAUCGGGUCUCCUCGUCAGCUGUUUCGACAUAGGGAGCCUCUUGGUGGUCGUCUUCAUCAGCUACUUCGGCGGGCGUGGUCAGAGGCCUCGCUGGCUCGCGGUGGGCGGGGUUUUCAUCGCCGUGGGCGCGGCCCUCUUCUCCUUACCUCACUUCAUCUCGCCAGCCUACCAGAUCCAGGAGGUGAACUCGUCCUCCGGCAACGAGGGCCUGUGCAUGAACAGCAAUGCCAGCGGCAGGGACCGCGUCGACAUCACUUCCUGUCCCAGAGACCAGGAAGGAAACGAACACAACCUAUACGUGGCGCUGUUCGUUAUCGCUCAGAUCCUGGUGGGCAUGGGAUCCACGCCCAUCUACACACUGGGGCCCACCUACCUGGACGACAACGUGAAGAAGGAGAACGCCUCGCUGUAUUUAGCCAUCAUGUAUGUGAUGGGAGCACUGGGUCCAGCUGCUGGUUACCUGCUGGGAGGAGUCCUCAUCGGCUUCUACGUGGACCCCAAGACAGUCGUCAACAUCGAUCAAAGUGACCCCCGCUUCAUCGGCAACUGGUGGAGCGGGUUCCUGCUGUGUGCCGUGGCCAUGCUGCUGGUCAUCUUCCCCAUGUUCACCUUCCCCAAGAAGCUGCCACCCCGACACAAGAAGAAGAAGAGGAGGAAAAAGCUGAGUCUGGACGACCUGUCCAGCGACGACGACGUCCUCAAGGAGAAGAGCAACAACAACAAGAACCAGGCGGUGACGUCAUCCAUGGGCUUCGGAAAGGACAUCAAAGAUCUGCCCAAAGCAGCAGUGAGGAUCCUCAGCAACGUGACCUUCUUGUUCGUCAGCCUCUCGUACACGGCAGAAAGCGCCAUCGUCACCGCUUUCAUCACCUUCAUCCCCAAGUUCAUCGAGUCUCAGUUCGGCAUCCCCGCCUCCAGCGCCAGCAUCUACACCGGUGUGAUUAUUGUGCCCAGCGCUGGCGUGGGCAUCGUCCUGGGCGGCUACAUCAUUAAGAAGCUGAAGCUGGGAGCUCGCGAGUCGGCCAAGCUGGCGAUGAUCUGCAGCGGCGUCUCCCUGCUCUGCUUCUCCACACUGUUCAUCGUGGGCUGCGAGAGCAUCAACCUGGGAGGGAUCAACAUCCCCUACACCACUGGGCCGACUCUCACCAUGACCCAGAGGAACCUGACCGGAGGUUGUAAUGUGAACUGCGGCUGCAAAAUCCACGAGUACGCUCCGGUCUGCGGCUCCGACGGCAUCACCUACUUUAACCCCUGCCUGGCCGGCUGCAGCAGCGUGGCCAACGACAGCACCGGGAUCCGUAACUACUCUGACUGCGCCUGCGUCCAGAGCCGGCAGGUGAUCACGCCAUCGUCCAGCGGUCAGGGCAGCAACCAGCUGCAGCUGGUCAUCGUCAAGACCUACCUGAACGAGAACGGAUACGCCGUGUCGGGGAAGUGUGACCGCACCUGCAGCACGCUCAUCCCCUUCCUCAUCUUCCUCUUCAUCGUCACGCUGAUCACUGCCUGCGCCCAGCCGUCCGCCAUCAUCGUCACGCUCAGGUCUGUAGCGGAGCAGGAGAGGCCGUUCGCUCUGGGAAUGCAGUUUGUUCUCCUCAGGACUCUCGCUUACAUCCCGACACCCAUCUACUUCGGCGCCGUCAUCGACACCACCUGCAUGCUGUGGCAGCAGGACUGCGGCGUGCACGGCUCCUGCUGGGAGUAUGACGUCACCUCGCUGCGCUUCGUCUACUUCGGCCUCGCCGCCAGCCUCAAGUUCUUCGGCUUCCUCUUCAUCUUCCUCACCUGGUACUCCAUCAAGUACAAGGAGGAGCGCGUGGAGCGCUGGCUCAAGCGCCACCUGUCUCCCGUCGACACCGUGGGGAGCCUCGUCUGCCACCCGGGCGGCCACAAGGGCCACGCCCGCACCCGCUCCUGCCCCGUCAACAUCCCGCGCACCGACCCCAGCGCCCUGCCCGCCCCCGCCCCGCCGCGCGCCGGCCCCCUCAACCGUGGCGUCAGCACCCAGAGCUGCCCCGGGAACGAGCUCAAAGCAAUAACGCCUCCGCCUGCCGCGGCGCCGCCACCCGCGCCGCCGCCCGCCCCCGCGCCGGCACGCUCGCUGGAACACGUCUCAGUCCGGGUCUGAGCUUCAGAAGGGGGGCGGGCGACGAGGCAGGACUUCUUUUAUUCUGGAAUCCAGUUUGACUGGAUCCGAGCUGCUGAGAAAGGUGCAGAACAUCACGCGGAGGUCCUGAUCUCAUCUCAUAGCUGCCGGGGAAACACUCAGCGGGGUUUUUAACUGCGGCCUUUGUGGGUCAGAAAGCAUCAAGCCCGGUUCCUGACCCGUGGUCACAUGAUGAGUCCCUCCUCUCACACUCAAUCUGCUUGUGUUGGUGAAAAUGUUGAAAGCAGCCGGGUAUUUUCUUUGUGGCCGGCACAGCGGGCGGACAAAAGCUUCGCUUCCACACUUUGGAUGGAGGAGAGGUCAUCGCUCAAAAAAAAAAAAAAAAAACCCCACCUGCCUCCCCUCACCCCCUCCCCCCCUCCCUCCCCUCCCCUCACCUCGGCAAUAUGUGCCUUCUAUCACCACGGUCCUCACAUGUACAGUGCAGACACUCUGUGGUCCCCGUAGGAAUAAAAGUCCCCUGAACAGAUACCUCAGCUCCGCCUCCCCGUCACCUCACUCCGUCUGCGUGUGUCAUUUUUUUAUUUCUUCACCGUCAUGCGAAUGAUAUUCUGGACAACACAUAUCUCAUGGAACAAAAUGAUAAAAAAGAAAGAAAGAAAGAAAAAAAAAUGAUUAAAAAAAACCCUUUGGAAAUGUGACACACGAAAAUGAAGUGUUGAGAACUGGAAACCGAUGGCAUGGUGCUAUGUGAAAAACAAUGUUUUGUGUCCAUUUUUUGUUUGUUUUUUUUUGUUUUUUAGGGUUAAAACUGUUGAAAAGAAGCCAACAGGUCACUGGGCUAAGCAGCUUGGCACGCACAGAAUGCAUUCCUGUCUGAUGCGAGGCCUUUUGUUGCUCCCCCUGACACAAUGACACGUAGUAUUACCGCUGGAAGUCGGAUUGUUUGGCUUUUUACCAGCUCCAUACAAUGCAUCCAUACAUCCGAGCUGUUUCCCUCCUGACUUGGCACCGUGAUUAAGUGGUUUAACCUUAAAAAGAACAGGAUUGGCAUUUUCCUCCUGACCGCAUUCCUGGGAUCCUCCACGGAAAAAAGAAAAAGCUAAAGCUUGGAGACGUUUUUUUUCAGGGGGGGACAGACUGUAUUUCAGACUGUAUUUCUGACUCUUUACCAUCAUUUCACAGCAACUCCGACGUUUUUACUGAACAUGUAGGAGCCGAGUAGUCGACCGCCACGUAGAGGUCCUAGUGUAGUCGUCUAUUCCUCGCCAAUGAAAGCUGCCGGUGAAUUCUGCUGGUUGAACCGUGAUGAUUUAUGAGUAGUGACAGAAGAGGAUUUCUUUUUUUUUUUUUUCCUUUGCCACAAAUCACCAGAAAACAGUUUGCAUACAGGCAGGUUACAGUGUGGACAAUAAAAAAAAAAGAAGGUUUCUAGGUGGUAAAAAGUUUAGAAAUUUAGCAAAAUCACUGGAAAAGUGCAGAAAAAGCUCCUCGAGCUGCAGCUUCUGAUUGUUUUCUUUUUCUAUAAAUCUACUGAUUAGUCUUGGAAAUUAAUAAAUGAAUGCUUGAGAGAAAGAGAAGACAAAAAUACCACCACAAAUCUUCCCCAGAAAUCCAAAGAUAUUUGGCUUUUCGUGAUAUUAUAAAAGACAAAAAAAAGCAGCGAAUGCUCCGAUUACUUUUAAAUGUUUAGUGUUUUUACGUGAUAAAUGACUUAAUUGAUUAUCACAAAUAUUGUUAAUUUGACUAAACCCUAAUCGUUCUAGCACCUGAUCGGUCUGCAGUUUAGUAUUUAUUGUGCAGAAUAAUUUCUGCUGCAGUCAUUUCAUAAAGCAGUUAUUAUGCUGCAAAACACGCUCCAUUUUAUUCAGUUUGUGGCUCUAAAAACUCUCUUUUUCCUAAAAACUUGAGAAAAUUCUGCCAGUCUCCACGUCUUUCUGCAGCUUUUGAUAACAUCAAAUGGUUUUCAUCAGUAGAUGGAGUUUAACAGUACUGAAGUGUAUGUAAUGUCAUGCAUUGACCUGCGGGCUGUUUAUGACUAAAUAAUAAUCUAUCAAUUAAUAAAAUAUGAAAAAACAGAAUUUUAAUAUUGCUCUGUAUUUACAAAUUAAUGUGAUAAUUAAAGUUUCCAUGAAAAAAAUAUCAGAUACACACACUUAUCUUAUUAAUUCACAAAAAAUAAUUUUAAUUAUCUCAAUAUGACAGAAAAACUCAAAUAAUUAUCUGAUUUUCUUUUCAUUUAAACUUUUCUCACAAUUCUGAAAUAAUUAUGUAAUUCAGAAAAACAAUUUUCAAUUAUCUUAAUAAUUCAGAAAAUAUCAGAUAAUUAUCUGAUUUUUCCCCCCAUGAAAACAUAUCUCAGAAUUUUGAAAUAAUUAUCUCAUUAAUUCAGGAAAAAAUAAUUUUAAUUACCUUAAUAAUUCAGAAAAACUCAAAUAAGUAUCUGAUUUUCUUUCCAUUUAAACUUUUCUCAGAAUUCUGAAAUACUUAUCUAAUUCAGAAAAACAAUUUUAAAUUAUCCCAAUAAUUCAGAAAAUAUCAGAUAAUUAUCUGAUUUGUUUUCCCCCAUGAAAAUAUAUCUCAGAAUUCUGAAAUAAUUAUCUCAUUAAUUCAGAAAAAAAAACAAUUUUAAUUACCUCAAUAAUUCAGAAAAAAUCUAUGAUUUUCUUUCCAUGGAAACUUUUCUCAGACUUCUAAAAACAUUAUCUUAUUAAUUCACAAAAACUGAGUAAACAUAAACAUAGUUUCCUUCAAACUAUGGCAAAAAAAUAGAUUUUUUUCUUGGAGCACUUUUUGGACUUCUCGUCCAUCUUUGCUUCAAAGUCUACAAACAGAAAACUUGGCAAAACAAUCCAAACAAAAAGGUCAAUUUAGAAACUUCUGAAGUUUUCCAUCAUAUAACAUCUAAUAUUUUAGUCAUAAAUGAAGCUCAAACAACUUAAAGCAGUAUUAUUUAGAACAGAACAGACAGAAAUCUUCUCUGGAUCUUUUUUAGGCAGUUUUUGGACUCUAGCUGCUGCUGUUCAGUGUGUGUGUGUGUGUGUGUGUGUGUGUGUGUGUGUGUGUGUGUGGUCCUAUGAGGACGCCUGCUGGAUCGAUGUUGAACAACAUGUAGAGACAAAAAAAAGUAAUUAUUUGCUGGUUUACACAGUUUGUGUCUCAGGCAAUCUUUUUUUUUUUUACAUUUGAGAAUUUUGAAUUGAUGAAUACAUGAGAGGGAUUGUUCCCUAUUUUCACCAGUUAAUUUGAUCAAUUAAUCUGCUAAUUAUUAGCUGUAUUAAUAGUUAAAAAAGUUUGUGUAUAACGUGUUAGAAAAUUGAGGAAAAAAAGUCUGUUGCAAUGUCCUGAUGGUCAAGUUGAUGUCUUUAAAAAAUUCCCUUUUUUUCUCCAACUAUCAUUUAAAAUGAUUUUUUUUUAAAUAUAUACAAAUUAAAUAAAUAUAACAUUAACAAAACAAAGACAAUUAUAUUAGAUUCUUAAUUUCCUGAUGUUUAUUAGCAAAGUAUCUGAUUAAAUAAUAAAUACUUAGAUCUUUUAGGAAUAUGGGGUUUUAAAUUAUACUAGGACUGAAAAUAAUGAUUACCGAUUAAUCUGAGGGUUUUUUUCUCAAUUGAUUGUUUGGUCUUUAAAAUGUCAGAAAAUUAUGGAAAAUGUCCCAGUUUCUCAAAGUGGAAGGUGAUGUGUUUGAAUGUCUUGUUUCGUCAGUCCAAAAUCCCCCAAAAAAUCUGUUUAAUAUGAUAUAAAAUGGAUAUUUGAGGGGCUGAAAACAGCCUUUUCGGCCACUUUUGCAUGAAAAAUCAAUUGAGUUUGCUAUUAUUUUUCUGUUUAUCGAUGAAUUAUUGCAGCUCUAAAGUCAACACACAUCCCUAAUAAUCAAAAGUUAAAAUCAAUUUAUUUCUAAACUAAUUUUAGAGCUCUGACUUCUUUUGUGUGCAAUUAUAAGCUAAACUUGAUUUUUGUUGCACACAAUGCAGCGCUUUUUUUUUUUCUUUUCGAAGACGAUAAAAAAACUUAAAAACCGUUCAAAAAUCUCAAAUGUAAAAAUGAUUCAAACAUGAGAGACACAAACUGGAGCUGCUGUGACUAAAAUCUAAAAUGUGGUGCACCAUGUUGAACGUUACAGAUGAAUAUUAGAGCUUUUUUUUCUGUUUUUGCCGCACUUAGAUGAACUUUUACGGUAACAAACUGAGGAGGGGAGGGGAUAAUAAUCGUACAUAACUGGUGAUAAAAGAUAAAAAAGGUCUUUGGGACACAAAAGAAACCACUUUUCCAUCCUUAAAAAAGGGGAGAAAGUAUUAAGCGAUGAUGCUACAAGAAGAAAACUUGACGUAUGGUUUCAACACAGUAGAGACAGUAGACUAGAGUAGAAAACAUUCCAUUUUCAUGUAAAAGCGAGAAAUAAAAAAAACAAAUACAGAAAUACAAAAACCCAGCUGCAGUGUGGAUGUGUGUGUCGUGUUAGUGAAGCUCUCAUCCAUCACUUUGAAUCUCUUUCAGUUUGUUUUUGUGUCCUGUUCAGGUUAAAAAAUCAACAACGAUGAAAUGUUGAGUCUGCUCUGUAAAUCAGUUUCUUCUUCUAUUAUAUGAUUUUGCAUUUGGAUGUAUUGUUUUGUGAGUCCAAAAUCCAAAGAAAAGCAGGAAAUCUCCAUAUUAAAGAGGCUGAAAACAGCAUUUUCUGCCACUUGUGAAAAAAUAGGGUUAUCUCAAAUAAACAACACCAAAAGAGCAGAAUUUUAGUUUAAAGUUUUGCUCUGUGAAUUAAUGAUUCAAUAAUAAUAAUAAUAAUAAUAAUAAUAAUAAUUCAGAAAAAUCCGAUUCUUGUUUUGUUAAAUCGGAAAAACUCACAAUUAUCUUAUUGAUUCACAAAAAAAUUAUUUUAAUUAUCUCAAUAUUUCAGAAUAAGGCAAAUAAUUAUGUUAUUUUCUUUCCAUGAAAACUUAUCCAAGAAUUAUAAAAAAAAAUGCUCUGUGUUUAUGAAUUAAUGAGAUAUUGAGAAAAGUUUACAUGGAAAAACAUUUGCUGUUUUCUGGGGAAAAAAUCUCAAAAGACUUGAUUGUUGAAAUAUGAAAUAUGAAAAAGUCAUAAUUAUCUCAAUACAACCCAGAAAACUAUUUUUAGUUAACCUAAUGAUUAAAAAACAACAACAUAAUUAUCACAUUUUCUUUCCAUAAAAACUUCCCAGAAUAGUCAAAUAAUUUAGGGGAAAAAAUAAUUUUAAUUAUGUCAAUAAUUCAGAAAUACUCAGAUCAUUUUCUGAUUUAUUUUCCAUGAAAACAUCUCUUAGAAUUCUGAAAGGAUUAUUUCAAUAACUCCAUGCCACUUUCUGCCAUUUUUGAAUGAAAAAUCAAACUAGUUGGUUAUUAUUUUUCUUUUAAUUGAUUAUUCAACAUCCACAGUAACCGAAAGUUGAGAGCAAUUUAUGUCCAAACUCAUUUUAUUCUAUAUUAUUUUAUUUUCCUGUGGAUUACAAGCAAAAUGUAUUAUGCGUUGUACACAACAUUUUUGUUUGCAUCUUUGUGAGGCUCAAACAGUGAAAUCUGAUGCAAUUAAUGUGUUUUUUUUUUCUCCAAUAAUCAAGAAAAUGUUUUUUUUUGUUUCAUUGCCUGCUACACCGAUUCCCUGAUUUCACAUUUAAUGUCUCAAAUGCAAAAUUAAGUUGUAGAAAGCUGUUUUAUUGA